UUAUUGUUAAAACUCUAGAAACUUAUAUUUUGAAACUUUGGGGAAGAAGUAGGUAAUCGCCAUCCUCUCUGACUUCACUGUCGUCUUCUUGGCACCUUCUUUUUGGAAAAUCGUGAAGACAUUUCAAAAACGCAAGAAAGGCCCUUGCUUUUAAACUCCCAGAUCCUCCAAGGCUACAUCCCAGAACGGGAAAGUAAAAAUAUAUAUUUUUUUAUUCUUCAAAUCAGUUUUGCAAAGGAUUUGGAUUUGCUUUCGAUCUUCCCUUUAUUCAUGGAAGUAAAUUUCCUAACUGGGAUUGUUCUUUUUUAAUAGUAAUGGAGAAUUCAGCUGAUUUUGUAGAUAGAAUGGAUGGCAAUGGGGGAGAGACAAGAAAAGACACAGCAGCUUCCGAUAGUUGUUCUUCUUCGACUAUAGCAUCUGGGUAUCGAUUAUUUGGUCGGCAAGCCUCACUUCAUCAAUUUAUGGGCGGUGGCAAAGCUGCUGAUGUGAUUUUGUGGAAGCGGCGGCAUGUUUCGUUUGGUGUCAUUGUUGUUGCAACAAUUGCAUGGUUUAUAUUUGAGCGGUCUGGAUUACCAUUCUUAACUAUUUGUUCAGAUGUCUUGCUGGUUGUGACUGUAUUGUUAUUCUUCCAUACCAAAUUUGCUGCUAUCAGAAAUAAACAACCACAAUCAUUACCAGAGCUAGUUUUGUCAGAAGAAAUGGUUAAUAAUGCUGCCGCAUCUUUUCGUGUUAAAAUCAAUAAUGUUCUUCUUUUGGCUCAUGACAUCACUAUUGGAAAAGAUUUUAGACUCUUUUUCAAGGUGGUGGUCUGUCUAUGGCUCCUGUCUGCUGUUGGUAGCUACUUCUCUUUCUUCACUCUUGCCUAUGCAGGAACCAUCUUAUCCAUUACAAUUCCUGCCUUGUAUAGCAAAUAUGAAGAGCACAUUGAUAAAUAUUGCGGGAUGAUUCAUAGGAAAUUAUCACAUCACUAUAAGAUAGUGGAUGAGAGUGUUAUUAGUAGAAUCCCUCACAGUUUAUCCAAGGACAAAGAUGCAUAAGUGUGAAAUACAUGCAGAUGAUGGUUGAGUCUGUUUUGUGGCUCAGAAUUUCACCAAGGCUGCAGAGUUUCAUGUUUGGCAAAAUCAUCUAUAUUUGCUGUGUAUUUGCCGAGAUUGGUUCUUCACUAAAGAUGACCAGGUGCUGUCUCCCCUAUCCUUGUUACAAUGAACUGAACAAAUUGUUUCAUAAGCUUCUGUAAACAUGUGAAAUUUUGAAGUUUGGCUUGCUAGGUUAAUUUCCCAUUCAUUCUUAAAAUCUCUGUAUUUUAAAUUUUAGAGCUAGUUUAAUUUUUAUUCAUGUGGGAUUAUUUCCUCGGGAAAGAUGAAUUAGAUGGAUUGUACGUAAUAGCCUAGUAGGAUUAAUUGUACAUUGAUAUUCUUUGAUGAAAAAGAAAGAUAAUUCCCUUUAAAGAACA